GAACUCAAACAACGGAAGCAGGCGAGGCAAGCAGAGGGUGGCGCAAACGAGCCUCCCGCCUGCCGUCGGCCCUCUCUCCUCCCUCCCGUAUUUGGUUCCGCUCACUUAAACACCGACAACAUAUUAAAACGAGUCAAAAAUACUUCUUCUUCGUUCUUGAUCGCCCUCGAGAACCCUAAUUUGCCCCCUUUGUGUCCCGAUACGAUUCACCAUCCCCUUUCGCGACUCCUCAGAUCUCGAUCUACUCUGCUGAUUCCAUCGAUUCUAGGGUUCCGAUUCGCUCGUGUCCGAUAUCUAGGGUUUCUUAUGCCCGCCCUUUUCGAUCCUGCGACCUAUCGGAUUCCGGACCUUCUAUGUCGAAGAUCGAAGCCGAGGAUGCCGUCGAGAUCCGUGAUGUGUGAGCGGACAACCUCGCAGCCGAGUUCGCCGUGAUCCGUGACGUCGUCGAUGACUUCCCCUUCGUCGCCAUGGACACGGAGUUCCCCGGCGUCGCCGUCCGCCCCCUCGGAGACUUCAAGACCGUGGCCGACCACAACUACCAUAUCCUUCGUGCCAACGUCGACCUCCUACACCUUAUCCAGCUUGGCCUUACCUUCUCCGACGCCGACGGAAAUCUCCCGACCUCGUCCAACGCCGGCGCGCGCCCCAUCGUGUGGCAGUUCAACUUAAGGGAGUUCGACGUCGACCGUGACGUCAGCAACCCCGACUCCAUCGACCUACUCAGGAAAUCGGGCAUUGAUUUGUCGAGGAAUCGGGAGUACGGGAUCGACGCCAAGCGGUUCGCGGAACUCCUCAUGUCGUCCGGUGUUGUCCUCAAUGAUUCUAUCAGCUGGGUGACCUUCCAUUGUGCUUACGAUUUUGGGUACCUCCUGAAGCUCCUAACUUGCAGAGGGCUUCCCGACAGCCGAGAGGGUUUCUUUGAGCUAGUCAGGACGUUUUUCCCAAUAGUGUACGACAUCAAGCACCUGCUGAAGUUCUCUAACAGCCUCCAUGGGGGACUUAACAAGGUUGCUGAGCAGUUGGAGGUCGAGAGGGUCAGCAUCUGCCAUCAGGCAGGCUCGGACAGUUUGCUUACUGGUCGGGCUUUUAGGAAGUUGAUGGGGAACUACUUUGAUGGGUCAGUUGAGAGAUAUGCUGGGGUGAUGUAUGGUCUGGAUAUUGAACAUGGAUUAAAUACUUGGUGAUGAUGUUAGCAGUAGGUCUUGAGAAAAUAAGAAAGAAAAAAGAAACCUUGUUUGGUGAGUAAAUGUUGAGUGUAUGUGUUGCUUCUUCCAUUUCAUUUAUGCUUUCUUAGAUUUUCUUAACCGCUGCUGCUUUGAGUCCAUAGAUUACCAUGCUUUGUUUUAUCUGUGGUUCACUGUUAUAAUCAAGGAACAAUGUUUUGAGUACCAGGUCCAUAUCAGUCCUGGUCGGACCGCUGUGUCCCUGUUAGUACCAGUGUACCUGUAUUGGCACACCGAUGACUCGAAGAGGAAGAAGAAAAGGAAAAGAUGAGGAGAAAGGAGGAAGAAAGAAGAGGAAGUGGUGGAGGAGGAAGAAGGAUGAAGAAGGGGAGGUGGUGGAGGAAGAUUAAGAAAAAAAAGAAGGUGGUGGAGUAAGAAGCAUGAAGAGGAAGGAGAGGAGGUGGUGGAGGAUGAGGAAAGAGGAGGAAGAUAAGAUUGAGAAGAGGAGGAGGAAGCAUAUGCGUUGGUGGCGCACGAUGAGUCGUUGGUAUUGAUGGGAAACAGUAUGAGCGAGCACGAAGAGGCCUUGUGUUCCGUUGGAGGGAGCUCAUGAACGCUAGCCCUUAGAGCAUGAAUUAUUUUUUUAAUGGGUCGAAGCGGACUGCCUGAAAUGGGGGCGGUGGUGGUCUGCAUACCGGUUCAAGCCUGGACUGGUAUGCACCACCCAUUUUGGUCUAUGGUUAUAAUAAUCUAACAAUAUGGGCUGCUGUAAUCCUUUUAAGAAUGUUGUAUUCUUUGUUUCGAUUCUGCUGUUUUCUGUUUAACUAAAUAUGAUAUUUCAGUUAAUUCAUUGUCAAUUUGUUUGUCGUUCUUGUA